AUGGCGGAAAACGACGCAUAUGCCGAUUACCAUAAGCUCCCUUCAUUCAUCAAGGUGUUUUCCCGAUCUCGCAACAAAGAGGAAUUGCGGCUACCUCCACUAUGGGUUGCGGAACAUGGGAGUGACCUGCUCGUCGACUGCUCGCUCGUGAUGCCAAAUGGUACUCGUUGGCACGUCCGUUUGAUUAAUAUAGCCAGUGGAUGCCACUUUUGCUGUGGCUGGUCGGAAUACCGGAGUGAGAAUAACCUUUCCAACGGUGAGAAACUAACCUUCACUCUCGUAGAUGUUGGGAUUUUCCACGUAAAAAGAUAUAAGUCGGGGACCAGGUGCCCCCCUCCCCGCUGUGAUCGCGAAGGGCUGAAUGAGGACGAGGAGGACAAUGAGGUCUACACCCCUGAUAUUGAUUCGUCUGACGAUAGCGUUCCGUCGGAUGUGGAAUCUGAGGCAACAGACAAAAGCGACUACGACUGUGAAAGGAGAGCGCUUGACGACGACGAGUAUCCCACAUGGACCCUGAAGCUGACCAAAUCAAAUACCAAGCGUACAAUAGAAAUUCCUACCGAAUUGUGGGAACUUCACAUCCGUGACGCCCCGAAUCAAAAUGUGGUGCAUUUUCUAGUUGACGGCCAAACAUAG